GGUUUAGAAUUUAAGAUUUAAGAUUUAGGGUUUAGCUGGAAGCGUUAGCGUCGUUAAAAUUAGCGUUUUUAUUUUUUUUAGCUAUUUUUUAUUUAAUUUAAUGUUUUUUAAUUAAUAAUCUAUGUGUCACUUUGAUUGGUCAUAAAAGGUGGGAUGAAUUUAAAGGUUAACCCUAAUGGUGAACCUAAGUUCUGUCCUUUACGUUAUUUAGGUUUUCAAUACAGAGAUGGAACCACUUUUUUUACAGCAAAAAAAAACAUUUUCAUAUUUGUACUUUUGUAUAUAUUACACCAUAAAUAGCAAGGUUCGCCUAAUUAUUAUAGGCCCUCCAUUUCAAUUUAAUUGCUGUAUAGUAAAAUUUUUGGUUCAAAAUAAAUGAUUUUUUAGAAUUUCAUUGCAAAAUUUAUUAAAAAUAUUCUCUAAUUUAUUUUUGUACUGGUCGCCGAAUUGAGAUAUAUUCCGGACAGAGACCAUGUUGCAAAUAUUGUUGUGAUAUAUAAAUAGGAACGCGCAGGUCUGCAUGAAAUGACCACGUCGCACGUUCGAUCCAUGAACCAAAAGGAAACUUAUAAUCAAAUCGUAUAACUUAAUAUAAUUGAUACAAAUUUGUUUGUCGAUAUAAAAACAUUAAAAUAUACAUUUCAUUUUUGGCAAUCUAAAUAUUCAUAUGUUUUAGUUUAUAAGUUAUAACUUGUCCAUAUGUUUUUGUCCAUUCCAUAUAUAUAGAGGAGUAGAGGACAAGAAGCUCCCGUGACUAAGUGAGUGACCAUCGGUGAAUUGAAAAAAGAAGAUGGAGAUGAGAAUGAGGAAGCAGCGUUCUGUGUCGGCUCUUGUAUUCCUUGCAUUGAUUUCGGCUUCAAUGGCAACCUCGGAAUCGGAGUUCCCUUUCAUGGUGGUUCACAAGAAGGCGUCUCUCUCUAGCAUCAAAUCAGGAGUCCAACGCGUCUUCGUCACCGUCGACAUAUACAAUCAAGGAUCCUCAUCAGCAUAUGAUGUAAAUUUGGUAGAUGAUACCUGGAAUUCAAAUCUAUUUGAAAUUGUUAGUGGCAACACUUCAAAGUCAUGGGCAAAGCUUGACGUUGGUCAAGUUCUGUCACAUUCAUUUGAGUUGAAGAGUAAAACAAAGGGUCUCUUCUAUGGUUCACCAGCUGUUGUUACUUUCCGUGUCCCAUCUAAGGGUGUUCUUCAGGCGUAUUCAACUCCAAUAUUGCCUCUAGAUGUACUAGCAGAGACCAUCCCUGAAAAGAAGCUUGAUUUGGCAAAGAGAUUGGUGGGUAGAUUUGGACCUCAAGUCUCAGUGCUUUCGAUUAUUGUGACGUAUAUGUAUUUGAUGGUAACUCCAUCAAAGGGAAGCAAGAAGAAGCGUUGAGAUUAAAUUUUUGAUCUGGCCAUUUUUCAUCUUUUCGUGGAUCAGUCAAACGCAACUGGUGUUGGGGCUCAGAAGAAUAAAUUGGUGGUCAUACAUUGGAGGGAACUAGGGAAGGAAAUGGUGAUCAAAUCAUCAAAUAAGAGUAUCAAAAUAAUCCAUCAAAACAUAUAGCUUAGUAUAUGUUGUGUAUUACUGUGUGUAAGAGGAAUGUUGUUUUUAAGAUUGCAGAGUACUAUUUCUUUUCAUUUUCACAUACUUAACCCAAAAACUUAUGAUUCAAUAUCUCUCUCUUUUUCUCAAGCUAUACAUUAAUGUGUAGUUCAGGACUACUACACCUGGGUGUUGGAAUGAGUCUAUAAAGCAAUGUAUCUGAAACCA